GCAUUAAGCUUCGUCCCUAUCAAAUAGAAGGUGUUAACUGGCUGGUGCAAUGCUACGAAGUUCAGCAUGGUUGUAUCCUGGGAGACGAGAUGGGUCUUGGAAAGACUUGUCAGACUAUUUCUCUACUUCUUUAUUUGACAAAAAAGAUAACGAACAAAGAGAGAUUUCUGAUACUUUGUCCUCUGUCUGUUUUGAGCAACUGGAAGGAGGAACUGGAGAGGUUUGCUCCAGGUCUUUCCUUUGUGACAUACAUAGGGAACAAGGAGGAGCGACCCAAACUGCAGCAGAACCUGAAAGAGCAAUCUUAUUUCCAUGCACUCUUGACGACAUAUGAGAUUUGUCUGAAAGAUGCAGCAUUUCUAAAAUUCUUUAACUGGGCUGCCUUGGUUGUAGAUGAAGCUCACAGACUGAAAAACCAAAGUUCUCUGCUUCACAAGACACUUACUGAGUUCUCAGUAGGCUUCAGCCUGCUACUCACAGGCACUCCAAUCCAGAACAGCCUCCAGGAACUGUACUCCUUACUCAGCCUUAUUGAGCCUGACAUCUUUCCUGGAGAACAAGUGAAAGAGUUUGUUGAGUACUACCAAGCAGUUGAAAAAGAGAGUGAGCCGGCCAAAGAAUUGCACAAUCUUCUGCAGCCAUUUUUGCUUCGAAGAGUCAAAUCAGAGGUGGCUGCAGAGCUGCCAAAGAAGGUGGAAGUGGUUCUGUACCAUGGAAUGUCAGCUCUGCAGAGAAAGUACUACAAGGCCAUUUUGACGAAAGAUCUAG